AGAAAAAGAAUGGUUAUUGAUUCAUCAAAAUUGGAAGAAAACGAACCAUUACUUGAUGGUAAUGAAUUUUCUAAAACAAGUAUUUCUCCUUCAAAAAGAAUUGAAAAGCGCACAUCAUAUAAAAACAGUGAUGAUGUUUGUUUUAAAGAAUUUUCAAAUAAUUCUUCCGCUACUUUAACUAAGCAGGAAGAAACUCAAAUCGAGAUUCGAAGACAAGUUAAUAUUCUCAAACUAUUGAAAGAUUCUGAGCAUAUUAUAAGAUUUUAUGGUGUAGCUCACGAUGAUAAUAAAUAUUAUUUGGUCACUGAAUGGAUGAAGCAUGGGAAUUUACAUGAAUAUUAUACGAAGUGUAAAGAUAGUAUAAAUUUGGAAACCAAAAUUAAAUUUGCUCUGGACAUUUGUCGUGGUGUCGCAUAUCUUCACGAAUGCGAAAUUCUUCAUCGAGAUAUUCAAUCUGCCAAUAUUCUAGUCAACGGACAUAAUAAAGUUAAAAUAGCAAAUUUUGGUCUAAGCAGAAAAUUUUCUGACAUUACAAGAAAUAUUUUGCAAAAUCUAGAAAACAUAAGAUAUAUGGCUCCGGAAAAAUUAUUAAUAACUAAUAAUGGAGAUACGAAGAAAAGGAAGAUUUCUUACGAUUCUAAAUGUGAGAUUUAUAGCGUUGGAGCAUUGUUAUGGGAAAUCGCUGAAUUAAAAAAACCUCAUUCCGAUCUUGAAUCAGAACCAAUUAUUAAUAUUAGAGAACGUGUAAAGAAAAGAUAUUGCUUACCGUUUACAAAUAGUGUACCACCUGAAUGGGAGCAUGUCGUAACAAAAGCCAUGGAAUAUGAUCCAAAGUGGCGUAUCAAUAUUUCCGAAAUUUGUCGUGAAUUUUAUAAGAUGAGUGAAAAAUAUUCAGGCGCAAGUACCAACAUUCUUGAUGAUGAGAUUUUAACAUAUAUAGAGAAUGAAAAAAAGUCGACGAAAAAUAAUAGAAAUUCACCUAUCACGAUUACAAUUCUUUCUGUUGAUGACGCUAUUAAUGAACACAAGAAAGGAAAUAAACAAUUGGCGUGGCAAAGUUUUUCAUAUCAUUCAGAAACUGAUAUUGAAGCAAAAUAUUGGUUAGGAUAUUAUUAUUAUCAUGAGGAAAUUCCUGAAUUACAACGAAUUAGUAAAGAAGAAAGAAUUAGAAUCGCUAUAGAUAUAUUUAAAGAAACUGCUGAUAAGGGAAAUCCUUCAGCUCAAUUAAGAUAUGGAAUGUGUUUAUGGAAAGGUGAAGGUGUUGCUAUAAAUUCUAUUGAAGCCUUUAAAUAUUUAAAGAUGGCAGCUAAUCAAGGAAAUCCUGCUGCCAUGUAUAUUAUUGGAAAAGCUUAUUGGAAUGGUGGUGAUGGUAUAGAAAAAGAUAAGAGACAGGGUGCCGAAUAUUUAAAGAAAGCCGCUUUAAAUAAUCAUCCAAAGGCUAAAGAAAUGUGUAUCAAAAAUUGCAUCAGUUAUAAUAACUAGUAUAUAUUUUAAAUAUUUAGAACAUUUUUUUUUUUUUGUUUUCAAAUAAAUUAUUUACAACACCUAGAAUUUAAAAUUUGACGGGUGAUUCUCGUGUAUCAGCUAUCAAAAAUUA